GUCAUAAUUCCCAAUUCACCACCAUGCUGCAGCAACGGUACCGUCUCCCGCGCCCCCCUUCCUUGCUAACCGACCCUCCCUCCCAUGAAUCAAGAAAUUGAAUUCAACUGAAGGCGACACCACCCCGGGCGGUGUUCUUAUUUUCUUCCCUCAUGUCCACCUGUUUCUCAUUCCUAUUUCUAUGAUACGGUGUCUUUGGAGUGGUGAGCUGGAAUUCGACUGCACCGGGAGGGUCGAGUGGUGAAGAAGAAUAUGGCUCGAAGGGCGUGCCGUUUCUAUCGCCAAGGAGACGAUUGGUUUUGUAGCACUGGUCUUCCAAGUGAUAUUGUUAUUGAAGUUGAGGGAGUAUUCUUCCAUCUCCACAAGUUUCCUCUGCUGUCAAAAUGUGGGAAGAUUGCACAUAUGGUAGAACAACUGCGAAAUACAAAAGAGGACAUGUGCCUUACAUUAGUCGGAUGUCCUGGAGGGCCUGAUGCCUUUUUAUUUGCAGCACAGUUCUGCUAUGGAGUCAGAGUGGAACUGACACCGAAAAACAUUUUAAUGGUGUAUUCUGCAGCAGAAUAUCUUGAAAUGACAGAGCAAUUUGAUGAGGAGAAUUUACUGGCUGUGGCGGAAAGUUUCUUCCACAAAGUUAUCUUUCAUAGCUGGAAAGAUUGCAUACUGGCUCUGCAUAGGUCUGAGAAUUCUAUUUCAAAUGCUGAAACCCUUCAUAUUGUGAGCAAAUGUCUUAAUGCUCUCUCGACGAUGGCAUGUACUGAUCCUAGUUUGUUUGGAUGGCCGAUGAUGAUGUAUGGGAGUUUACAAAGCCCUGGUGGUAGUAUCCUCUGGAAUGGAAUAAACACGGGGGCUAGAAUUAGAGCCUCACUAUCUGACUGGUGGUUUGAAGACAUCUCAUGCCUUGGUGUGCCAAUGUUUAAGAGACUGAUAGAAACAAUGAAGGAAAGAGGCAUAAGAUCAGAAAAUAUAGCUGGUGCGCUGAUGUACUACUCAAGAAAGUAUUUACCUGGUCUUGACCGAUGGCAGAGUGGGCAAGCAGGCAGAACCAGAAGUCUUGCAAGUUUCGCUAUGGCACCAGCUUCAGUUGAUCAAAAACUGUUACUGGAAAGUGUUGAAAAGCUGCUUCCUCGAAAGAAGGGAAAGUCUUAUUGCCGCUAUCUGUUAGGGCUUCUACGAGUUGCUAUGAUACUGAAUGUUUGCCAGCAAUGUAGGGACUCUCUGGAGAGGAGAAUAGGCAUGCAACUUGAAUGGGCAACACUCGAUGGUCUCUUAAUUCCUAAUUUCUCAGAUUCUGAUUAUUUAUAUGACACUGAUUGUGUUGAGCGGAUUAUUCGUCAUUUCUUAUCUUCACAGGAACUAAAUAUUGCACUAUUUUCACCUUCCUCUUUUAAUCCUGCUACAUCUCCAACCUCUAGUCCCUUAAGUAAAGUCGCAAAGUUAAUAGACAGUUAUCUUGCUGAGGUUGCUCCUGAUGUCAACUUGAAACCCAAGAAGAUGCAGUCUCUCCUGCUGGUCCUUCCGGAAUCUUUGAGAUCCCUGGAUGAUGGACUAUAUGGAGCACUAGAUAUAUAUUUCAAGGCACACCCUUGGCUUCCAGAGAAGGAGAGAGUGCAGCUUUGCAGCAUAAUAGACUAUGGGAAGCUUUCCAUUGAAGCGUGUACACAUGCAUCGCAUAACGAGCGCUUGCCACUUAGAAUCAUUCUCCAAGUUCUGUUUUUUGAGCAGUUGAGGCUGCGUACAGCCCUUUCUCACUGUCUUCAUGCAUCAGAAAGUGAUGACGCUGCCAUUACUGGUGACAUGGCUGGACAACUCUUGCAAAGAGAUGGGUGGGUUUCACUGGUCCGUGAGAACCGGGUCCUGAGAGUGGACAUGGAGCGAAUGAGGUCAAGGGUCAGAAAACUGGAACUAGAAUUCGUAAACAUAAAGCAAGAGAUGGGGAGGGUGAGUAGGCCUCACGAUCUGAUCAACUCCACUCGCGUCAUCUCUAGAAAACUUGGGUGCAUGCCGGUGCCGAAGGAUCUACACUCUGGCACAAUAGAAAGCACAGGUCCUAGCCCGAGAAGGUCGAUUGAGAGACCAUAUCUUUCUCAUCAAUCAAGCCAUCGGUAAAGUUUCUUUUUAUGGUGCACCAAAAAGGUGGGGUUUGUUUGACAGCAGAGAGUUCUCGCGGCGGGGCUCGAGAUCUUUCUCUGCAAGUCCAGAUGCUCUCAUGAAAAGCAGGGUAUGUGUUCGACAGUUGAAUUGUAUAGCUUUACGGUUUGUCAUCUGUUCUUCCCGUGCAUUGUGAGACCGAUGAAUUGUUUACAGUGUGCUCUGUGUCACGCUUUGCCAGUCAAUCUUGUGGCUGUUGCACAUGGUAACCCUGUUUUCUCGAACUAGCUAGAUGUCAAAAUAUGGAACUGUUGUGAAAUUGCUGCACUAUCGUUGACGGCGGAUUGCAAGAUACAAUUAUAUAGACAUUGGGCAUGCUCUUUCUUGAAGUGGGUUUGUGCGAAAGUGAAACGGUUAAGGAGAGGCCUCUUUGUUGGAGUUGACAAUGGCCAACGGAAAAUCUGGUGCUAUACGUGUGGACGAAAGACAAAUAAUUGCUGGAGAUAAUCAUGGCCCAUCUGUUAUUAAUUUGCAACGUGAGUACAUGCAGCAAUAUCUUCCGAGCAAGAAAUUUAUCUUUGUACAUCUAACUGUGGCCAGUCUGUUAUUCAUUUGCGAAAAAAAAAGAAGGGUGGUCAUCCAGUUGCUUUA